GUGACAGCUACCAGUGUGUAUCGCUGUUUCCCUUCCGAUUAACUUUCCAACCCGUGUCGCAGCUGACGCUUCGUGGCUGUUGUGUUUUGGUCUCUGCUAGAGUCUGAACUGAACAUGACGGCGAGAAAGUCUGGGUCACGACUCGAGACAGAGAUAGAACGAAGCCGUUCGGAAGGGCAAUGGGACAAGAUACCAGAGCUUGUACGGCAGCUCUCUGCCAAACUAAUAUCAAAUGAUGACCUGGGGAAUCUGCUGCUGGGGGAAGCCAAGCUCCAGCAGUACCUCAAGGAGAACCCCAUCAAGCAGGGGGCCAGCCCGAGGGGCCCAAGACCUCAGCUUGUAGAGGUCCGCAAGCACCUGACCGCUGCCCUGGACCGAGGGAACCUCAAGCCGGACUACAUGCAAGAGGCUAGUAUGUUGAUGGCCAAGCUGUCCUAUGUGGAGGGAGACUAUAGUGAGGCCUUCAACCAGUAUGGCAAAGUGACCCUGGACGAGCUGGCACUGGUGGGAGCCCCUGUCUACCGUCUCUCCAUGAUUGCCGAAGCAUACGCUACCAAAGGUCUGUGUCUAGAGAAAGUCCCGGCUGCAUCUCCGUCCCUGUCCAAUUAUAACGUGGACAAAGACCAGGAAGUGAUUACCUGCUAUGAGAAGUCUGGAGACAUUGCCCUGCUCUACCUACAGGAAGUAGAGAAGGCCCUCAGUGCGAGGUUGCAGAACCACAGUCCAAAACCAGGUCCAGUGGCCCAGGAGCAGGAGCUGGGAUACUUCCUGGAGACGGGACUUCAGAGGGCACAUGUCAUCCACUUCAAAAAUGGUAACCUGACCCAGGGAGUGGGCCGCUUCCGGGAGAUCCUCCGAGCUGUAGAGACCAGGACCACACAGAACCUACGAAUGACCAUUGCCAAACAGCUGGCAGAGAUCCUGCUGAGGGGGAUGUGUGAGCAGAGCUACUGGUCUUCUCUGGAGGACCCUCCUAGCAAGUCCCACCUGGACGACCCCCUGCUACGCCAGGGAGCCCCCUACCUCAAGGACUACGCCCUCAGCCGCAGGCCACGCGUCUACUCCGGAGAGAAUCUGUUUUGUCCACAGGAGAACACAGAGGAGGCUCUGCUCCUGUUGCUGAUUAGUGAAUCUAUGGCCAACAGAGAUGCGGUGCUGAGCAGGAUCCCAGAGCAUAACAGCGACCGCAUCAUCAGCCUGCAGAGUGCCUCUGUGGUCUACGACUUGCUGACCAUCGCCCUGGGGCGACGGGGACAGUACGAGAUGCUCUCUGAGUGUCUAGAGAGGGCGAUGAAGUUUGCCUUUGAGGAGUUCCAUCUCUGGUACCAGCUAGCCCUGUCACUGAUGGCUGCUGGGACGUCGGCCAGGGCGGUGAAGGUAUUGAAGGAGUGUAUCCGUCUGAAGCCGGAUGACCCCACCAUCCCCUUACUAGCUGUGAAGCUGUGCAUUGGUGCACUCCAUUGGCUGGAGGAAGGAGAGUGUUUUGCUAAGAUGGUGGUGGACAUGGGGGAGAAGGCCUCAGAGUUCCGAGCUAAAGGUUACCUAGCCAUCGGCCUGGUGUACAGCCUCAAGGCCACAGACGCUUCCCUACGGGGGAUGCAGGAGGAGUAUCAGAAGAAGGCCCUGGGUGCGUUCCAGAGGGCCCAGAGUUUGUCCCCCACAGACCACCUGGCUGCCUUCUACCUGGCCCUGGAGCUGGCUGUGUCACGACAGAUCCCGGAGGCGCUGGGGUACGUGCGUCAGGCUCUGCAGCUGCAGGGAGACGACGUGCACUCACUCCACCUGCUGGCGCUGCUGCUGUCGGCUCAGAAACACUACCACGACGCUCUCAACAUCAUCGAGAUGGCCCUCAGCGAGUAUCCUGAGAACUUCAUUCUGUUAUUCACCAAGGUGAAGCUGGAGACAUUGUGUCAAGGACCUGAGGAGGCUCUGCUCACCUGCAAACACAUGCUACAGAUCUGGAAGUCCUGUUACAACCUCACCAACCCCAGUGAUUCGGGUCGAGGCAGCAGCCUGUUGGACAGAGCCAUAGCAGACAGAAGGACACUAAAUGCCAUGACGCUGCCUGACUUCAGUGACCCAGAGACAGGCUCAGUCCACGCCACAUCCAUGGCAGCGUCGCGGGUGGAACAGGCCCUGUCAGAGGUGGCCUCCUCCAUGCAGAGCAGCGCCCCCAAACAAGGACCCCUACACCCCUGGAUGACUCUGGCUCAGAUCUGGCUUCACGCAGCGGAGGUGUACAUUGGCAUGGGAAAGCCUCCGGAGGCUACGGCCUGUACACAGGAGGCUGCCAACCUGUUCCCCAUGUCUCACAACGUGCUGUUCACGCGGGGCCAGGUGGCUGAGCUGCGGGGUAAUGUGGACGAGGCCAAACGCUGGUAUGAGGAGGCCCUCUCCAUCAGCCCCACCCACGUCAAGACCAUGCAGAGACUGGGUCUGAUCCUGCACCAGCUGCAGCGUUACAGCCUGGCAGAGAAGAUCCUUCGGGACGCGGUGCAGGUGAACUCCACGGCCCACGAUGUGUGGAACAGCCUGGGGGAGGUGCUACAGGCUCAGGGCCACGGUGGCGCGGCUACAGAGUGUUUCCUCACCGCCCUGGAGCUAGAGGCCUCCAGCCCCAUUUUGCCCUUCACCAUCAUACCACGACAACUCUGACCUGGGAGGGAGACGGACACAUACGCACACACACAUACACGUGCACGCAUGCACACACCUACACAUAUACGUAUAAACACACACACACUGUAUAUACACUAGCCAGACACUGACCUACCUGGGAUAUAUGCCUCACAAAACAAACACACGAUACAUUCCAGUGUCCCUUCUAGCAUUCCACUUAGAAUUCAUGCCCAAUACAUUGCGUCUUUCUGAGUAGUAUGCUGGUGUGGAUUGAAGAACACACACAUACUGUACAUAUAUCCAUCAGCCACACACAAAUAUAAAUAUAUAUACACUCCUCACCCACACCGACUGACCAAGCAGCUCUACCCCCCCAGGGCGAGGGUGCCAACAACCUUCCUCUUACCUACCACCUCCUGCUUCAGGCCUCUCUGCUGUCAGAACCAGCACCACCACAACCCUAUGAUGCCUUGCACUCAGCUCUUUCACCCCAUAUGAUCAGACAACCACCCCUCUCCUCUUGAACCCAGUCAUAUGCCGAGCUAGAUGAGCUGGAGAGAGGGAGGGACUGCCCAAUGGACACACCCAACUGACAGAACAGAGCUCUCUAUUUGGUCCAAUAAUGUACAACAACUGUUGUUGCCAUGCCAACACCACUGUGCUGUCCCCACCCCCUAGUCUCUGCUGUGACCACCGUAUCGUAUCCCACAAUCCCUUGCUGUUCUUGACUGUGACUCCUGCACUCCUGCCUUUAUCAUAUCUACAUGGUGGAAAUCAGAUCUAAGCUCAAGGCUGCAGCACUAUUUUUUCCCAUGAUCCUAACAAUGAAGUCAGCUGUAGUAACCCGAGCAUUUCUAGCCACUACCAGGCAGUUACUGGUGACUUUCUCCACCGUGUUGUGUUGCGAGAACAGAAGUGAAAGGACGUCAGGGUAGAGAGAGAGAGAGAGUUGGCCGUACAGGUGGGUCACUCACUGGUCUCUGUCUUUUCUCUAGCGGUUGAUUGAUGGGAGAGGAGAGGGACAGAGCAGAGGUGUUUUUCAGACAGACAGAGUUGCAGAGGUUUGCAUUGCAGAUGACAUAGACAAUGUUGUGCUGAGCAGUGGACAAUGGCUGGCCACUGUGGUGCUUGCCAUUACCAGACCCCCCACCCUGUCCUAGCUUUCAACUCCAAUGUGUCUGUGCACAAUUGUGUAUACAGUUGAAGUCAGACGUUUACAUACACCUUAGCAAAUACAUUUAAACUCAGUUUUUCACAAUUCCUGACAUUUAAUCCUAGUUACAAUUCCCUGUAUUAUUUAGUCAGGAUCACCACUUUAUUUUAAGAAUUUGACAUGUCAGAA